CGCCCGUUCGGGCGAAACGGGGGCAGGGCAGGGCCGCGUUCCCGAUCGGAAAUCAGGAAGAGCCGGGCGAGGAGGCGCGGGAUCGGGGAUCCUUCUCUCCCCUUGGUGGCUCCGAGAAGCAACAUGGCGUUUCCCCGGAGCGCUCGGGCUCCUUCUCUGGGCAGGGUUGGAGACGCUUCUCCUCCUCCCAACCGAGUGGCGCCCUAAGAAAAAAAAAAAAAUAGAAAAAAGGGAAAAAAAGAAAGAAAGAAAGAAGCCAAGCCGUUCCAGAGAUGUGAAGAAAAGCUCCGGGCGAGAAAACGGCUUUCAAAGCUCCGUCGAGCCCAGCAAGUGGAUUUUUUGUGUUUUGUUUUGCUCGGGGAUUCGGAUUCGGAUCCGGGCCACCUGUUACUCCGAGAGCCUUUUUGGAGGCGAGCGGAGCUUCUUCCCGAAACGGCGCUGCUCCCGGUCUCGGAGAAAAUGGAGCGCGACGGACUUUCCAGCGCGGAUCAGAAGCUGAUCCGGGAGAGCUGGCAGAAAGUGGGUGACAGCCCCCUGGAGCACGGCGUCGUCCUGUUCACCAGGCUUUUUGAUUUGGAUCCAGACCUUUUGCCCCUUUUCAAGUACAAUUGCAAGACGUUCUCUACUCCUCAAGAGUGCCUCUCAUCACCUGAGUUCCUGGAACACAUUAGAAAGGUAAUGCUGGUAAUUGAUGCAGCUGUAACUCAUUUGGAGAAUUUACACUGCCUAGAGGAGUACCUCGCUAAUCUUGGCAGGAAACACCAAGCAGUUGGGGUAAAGAUUGAGUCCUUUGAGGCUGUAGGGGACUCCUUGCUCUAUAUGCUGGAGAAAUGCCAUGGUCCUGCCUUCAAGAUGAAUGUGCGUGAAGCCUGGAUAAAGCUCUAUAGCACUGUGGUCAAAGCCAUGAGCUGCGGCUGGAAUGUUCCCAGAAAGGUACUGUUUGACAACUCUAUGGGUGCCUACGGAAGGGAAGAGAAGACAAGAAUGAUCAACAGUCAGGUGGAUGGAUUCAGUUACAGUAACAAUGGAAGGCCUAAAUGAUCAGAAUAGGGACAGAUUAUCAUGGAGAAAAUCAAUCUAUGUGGUGCUAAGAGUUGACAGUGUCUUGAUGGCAUACAACCAAGCAUGGGUACCUGAUAAGACAGCCUACCUUUCUGAGUUUUAAUUAAAACUACCUUUCUAGUUCUUGAUCUAGUCUAGUGCCUGCUUUGAAAGUAAGUAACAAUUUCUUAAUUUUUGGAGUAGGGAGGGAGCAUUUAAAAUAGUUCAGUAUUCUUCCCUUUUUUUCUGUUCUUUCUCCUGAGGUAAAUUGACCCAUAGAAAAAAAAAUCCAUGGAGGUCAACUCUGGGCUUACUGUAUAAAGCGACAAUGUGCCUUUCUUCACAGUAGGAGAAGAGUAUUACAUGGCAAUUGAAUGAUAGAUUGACUUGAGAUCCUUUUACCAAACUAUUGGGCUAAGCAUAUAAACUUGGAAAUAUAGUUCUAAAAUGAAUUAUCCCAUAAACACCAUUAGAAUCAUUCUAGGAUUAAGAAAGAUCUGCUUCUCUUUUGCAGAUCAUGAAAAGAUAACUCUUAUAAAACCUUCUUGCCAAAUAAAUAAGUUAGGAUUUAAGGUGCCCAAAGUCUUUUGGUUCCUUUUGCUGGAAAACACUAACGUAACCAUUCUUUUGAAAAGUAUUAAUAGAAAUAUUUUCAGCUAAUAUAGAAUUAUAUCUUGAGAUAUUACUUAAUAUUUGAAACUAUAUAGUUUUGAUGAUAACACACGGCUAAUUUUCUCAAUAAAAUGGAAACAGUUGUUUGCCUAUUAUCUUGCUUUAUCUUCAUGCCUGAAAUUUUGCCUAUAAAAAUCAGUUUACAGUCAGUGCUUGGCACUUAUUUAGUUACUGCAGUAUCAUUGUAAGAUAUAUAUAUAUAUUCUUUUGUGUAACACACACAUGCACACACGUAUAUUUCCCUCCAAACAAGCCAGGACAAUUACUUUGAAGGAUGUCAGAAAUUAUCAGAGGAUGUCAUGGAUUCUAGAAUGUAAUGAUGGUGUCAGAAUCUUCAGUGGAGUUUAUUUCAUCUGUGAAGCAGGGGUGAUAUUUUUUUCGAAGACAAGAAAUGUAACAUAACAUUCAUAAUAUUUGUGAGAAUAUGGAUGCGUAAUACUGGAAUGACAGGAAAUAUGCUUUUUAUUGGUUUAUUUGUCUUCUUAUUAUUUUGUCAGCUUGUGAUUCUGAGGUCCACAGAUGCUCAGGAAUUGACAUGCGUGGAAUACACUUUCUAUGAAAUGACAAACGUUAACUGUAUUUGAAAGCCCAUUUGCUGCUUUAGCUGGUGUGUGUAUUUCAUUUCUGUGGUAGAAGUGCUAUUCAUUUCCUGAUGUACCAUCCUAUUUACCCUAACUCUUCUUUUCUAAUUAUUUCCCCAUAACUGUCUAUUCAUCUCAUCAUCUUGAAUGUUUUCUGAGCAAUCGCAGUGAACGAAGUCUCCUUUUAUCUCCUUUAUUUCAAGAUACUCCAAUGGGGGAUUCCUGGAAUAUUGAAUCACAUUUUAUUUGACAGUGUGGGGAAACUGCAGGCACCAGCAGGAAUGAUCAGAUAAGCUCUCUGGGGAGAAAAAAUAGAAUAAUGAAGGAAAGUAACAUAAAGGAGGAAUAUGCAUCAUAUGUCUCCUGACUGAUCAGAUUUUAUAUUGAUAUAAUAAAAUAUCUGUCUAGGUUCUUCAAAUGGCUUCACUGUUAAUACAGAUGUUGAUGUUAUUUUUGGAUUGAAGCCUUAGAUCAAAUAGCAGAUUUCUGUUGGCUAUUUGUCAGUGUGUUCCUCUAAAGCAGGGGUGUCAAACUCGAUUUCAUUGAGGGCCACAUCAGGGUUGUGUUUGACCUGGGGGUGGAGGUGCUCGUGGCCAGGGUGGGUGUGGGUAUGGCCAGCUUCACGUCACUCAUGUCAGGGAUGCCUGUGGCCUGAGCACUCUGCCAGCAAAAACAGACCUCGGGAGGUGGGCUGCGUGUGGCCCUUGUGAGUUCUCUUUUUGGCCGGGAUGCCUCCUGCAGCCAUCUGCCAGCAAAAAAGGAGCCCCCUUGAGCUCCGUUUUUGCUGGCACAGGGCUGCAGGAGGCCGUCCUGGCCAAAAACGGAGCUCUCCCGAGCUCUGUUUUCUCUGGCAGAGACACUGCAGGCUGGACUUUCACUGUUUCAAGGGCAGCCCAGUGGGCCAAAUUUAAGCACCCAGUGAGCCAGAUCCGGCCCCCAAGCCUUGAGUUUGACACCCCUGCUCAGUGGUGGGAUUCAAAUAAUUUAACAACCGGUUCUCUGCCCUAAUGAUUUCUCCCAAAACCAGUUCACCAAACUGCUCAGAAAGCGGUUUGACAACCGAUUCUCCCGAAGUGGUGUGAAUUGGCUGAAUCCCACCACUGCCCCUGCUCUAAAGGUAAUAGAAUUAUAGAUUUUCAGCACUGGGCUCAUGUAACAUAUUGAGCACAUUUACAGAUCCAGUCUGAUGGGAUACAAAAGCUCAAAAACAAUUCCUUGGCCUGCAUGAUAACUACUCUGUUUCCUUUCUUUUUUCUAAUAGUUUUCUUGUGUUCUGCUCUAUUUUUCCUUCCCCUCAAUCCAUCAUCAUUAAACAGAGAUAUACCAGUAUCUGAAUAUGACUGCAGAUAGCUGUGGAAAAUGGCUGCUAGCAAUAGUACAAAAUAUGAUCAGAUUCUCUGUUAGCCAUCACAGAGUCUUAUAUUUUCCUUUUCCCAGCUGUGCAUAAAUAUAGUUUUGUUUAAAAAAAAAAGAAUUCCCCACUGAAUCUUCAUACAGUUCCUCAGGGCUUGAGUCUUUCUUCUGCCUAUUCAAUUAGUAUCCCAUCAUAUUAGAUAAUUGAAACAAGUGGCUCAUAAUUAUGAUUGAAUUUUAUUUCCUUGAAGAAACAGGAGAUGAGAGAGACACAUCUGGAUCUGGAAUGCACUGUUUCUAAUUUCAAUGGCAGUUCAAAUUAUGGACUGCAAAUAUCACCCGAAAUGCCAGAGCUAUUUUAUGCCUCUCCUAGUUGCUGAAUGCUUUUUUUUCUCUCUGCACGCAAGGACACACAUGUACACCAUAUUUUGUUAAAUUCUCUAAAGAGAUAAAAAUCAAUAUUUGGGGAAUGUCAGUCCUCCACUGACUUAUUGUAGCUGUAUAUUUAAUCAUUAGGACAGGGCUCCCCAACCCCCGGUCCAUGGAUCUGCACCAGGCCACGGCAUGCCAGAAAUUGGUUGCUCAACCAAGCGAAGCCCCAUCCGGGGGAUGCAGGAAGUAGACAAAACCACGCCCCCUCGGGUCCGUGGAAAAACUUUCUCCAUAGAACCAGUUCCUGGCGCCCAAAAGGUUGGGGGCCACUGCACUAGGAUUUUAGCACUGUGUCAUCAGCCCUUUACAAAAAUGUUGUUUACUUUGGUCCUUGAAUAUGCCUGCUUUUUCCAAUAGAUUUAGGUCCAAGUACGUCUUGUCUCAGCCCAUACAGAAUGCUGCCAUUCUUGCUUCCUUGACUGCUAUCACAGAAGAGAAGGAAGAUAAAUCAUGGCCAUAUAACAGGAUUAUUCUGUCUUCUGCUUUGGAAUUAUAAGAAACCAACAUGUAUCUGGCUAGUAGUAUCAAUUUGGACUGCUAUAAUUUUUGCAGGGAAAGGCCCUUUGUGCGCUUGAGUUCAGUAACAUGCUUAGUGAAGGAAUUCAAAUUCUAGCAUCACUGGCUGUUCAUCCACUGGUUGACUGUAUUCCAUAAAGACAGCCCACCCAUUUUUUUGUGGGAUAACUGGUUCUGUUAUACAAUUGCUCUUACUGUUAGCAAGGGUUUUUUUCCCCUUACCUUCAGGAGACUUUUUUUAAAACUUUCCUUUAACAUUGUUCUGUGUCUUGCACUCUAGAACAAUAGAAAAUAGGUCUUCAACAUCUGUUGCAUGGCAACCUUUCAUAUAUAUAUAUAUAAAGAGUACCUCAUACUCUUCCUCCUUAGUCUCUAGACUGGAUAUUCUUUAUUCCUUCAAACUUUGUAUGGCUUGAUUUCUAAUCUCCCAAUCUUCCUUGCUACACUUCUUCCUUGCUACAAACUGAGCCUUACAAUUUGUCUGAAUCCUUCCUAGAGUGGAGUGCUUAGAAAACGACAAAAUAUUUAAACUGGAUUCUGACCAAUUGAAAAAAAAAAUUACAUUUGUCUCUAUUAAAAACUGCGUGUUGUUAUUUACAGCUUUCUCUUACUCAAGUGAUUCUUUUGAGUUUUGUCUUCCAGAAUAUUAACUACUCCAUCCAAUUUUAUCUAAAUGUGAAAUUAUAUAAUUAUAAUUUGAAAAGUAUUCCUUUGGUUUUUCAGGCAUUCAUUCAAAAUUCAAUUACUGCCUUUCCAUUAAAUGCCAAAGACAGUCCCUAGAAUCGCCAUUUUAUGUGCAAAUUAUAUAUUCUCCCACUGAAUUGUUACCUUUCUCCCAGAGUGUCACACGUUUUACAGUUCAAGUUAAGAUGGAAGAGUUGCAAAAGCAGUUGAAGAAAAAUAGCAUCUCCAGAAGGGAUACUUAUUGGGCUGUGCUAUCUGUCUUACAUUACUCUACAUUCAUCUCCAUUUUGAAUAAGUGAUAUUGAUAUUGGCAGAUGAAAGCUUAGGAGCAUAAACCUUUUAAAACAUUUCAUGUUAUUUCUAGUUUGCAGGCUGGUGCUUAACACUAAGGAAAACAGCUUUUUGAUUCGCCCGAUGUUCAACUUGAUCUCAAAAGUAUGUGCUACCAUUGUUUCACACUUCUUCUGGGAUGUGCUGUGUGUGGACAUAGAUGGAGCGGGAUUUGUUGAGGAUUCAAAAUCUGCCUUUUGAAACCCACAUUUUAGGUUAAUGCUUCCCUAAAACAAAAUCAAAAGGAACCACUAGUAUCCCUCCACAGCGUUUGCUUGAUCUUGAUCUUUUCUGCGGUCUUAUAGUGCAGCAACAAUUUUGGCAAGAGCAAGCUGGCUUUCUGGGAACUCUGAUUUCCAUAGAAACAGGAGGAGGAAUUUGCCAAGGCAGAUGGUUGCAGGCAACAGCAGCAGCAGGUAGCCCUUCCUCAUUGCCUGAGAGUCAUGGGGAUUGGACUUCUAGGUGUGAGUAAGCUAAUAGUACAGAACAGAUGAUUGCAUAUUAUUAUUUAAAUUAGAGUGGCAUUGGCCUGAUCUGAUGGUGAGAGAUUUAAGAAUAUAGGGCAGGGACUUUUAGUGUCCCUAUAAAUGAAAGGCAUUUCCCUAUAUUGUGUUCCUUCCCUUUUGUCUAUAAUUGAUUCGUGUGUGAAUGCUGUGCUAAAUGGAUGCUGGAUCUGACCUCAUAAGAUGCUGUUAAUGUUCUCUACUGCUUACCUCAAGAGUUUAUACAAACCAUGUUCGUUAUGUAACAACUUUGUUAUGUGAAAUUGCCACUACGUACCAAUUUUAAUAAAAGCUAUACUCAGCG